AUGAAUCACAGUUUGUCAAACAACGAAGAUUUACAUGAAGAAUUUAAAACUCUCUUAAUUAAAAUUGAACCAUACUUUGUUGCAUUAAAAUCAGAUCUCGAAAAAUUAUUAUGUCGAGAAUGGUUACACAAGUUAUUUAAAGCUGCAACUCAAGAAGAAUCACUUAGAAAUGCUUACCUAAUCAAAUUACUUGAUCAACUAGAAAAAGGAGGGAAAUUAAGCGAACCAUUUAACAAUCUUCCUAAACAUAAUUCACCUUUGUUACCUUUAACCACACAUAAUAUACCGAAGCAGUGUGAUAAAAAAAAGAUAAAAACAAAAGAGGAAACUUUGAUUGUGGAUGUGGUAAAUGUUCACAAUACUGUUGAUAAUCUUAAAUCCACAGAAAAUCAUGAAUAUACUAAUAAAAUCAAAGAACAUACAAAUUCCAACCAAGAAAAACAAUUGGAUAUAAAUGAAAUUUCAGUUGAUUCAGAAGGAGUACAUUUGCUUGUGAAUGAGAGUUCCAACCAAGAAAAACGAUUGGAUGUCAAUAAAAUUCCAGAUGAUUCAAAAGAAGUGCAGCAGCAAAAACUAAUGGUAGAUAAAAGUGAAGGCGGCGAUGGACUGACAUUAAACGAAGAGACUAAAUUAAAAUUAGAAUCUGUUGAAAAAGUGUCUAAUGAAUUAAAGAAAAAAAGUCAACUUCUAGCGGAACAACUUCAGGAAAUUGAGCUGUACGCCGAUAAAAAUCUAAUAAAUAACGACCAAUUAACUGUACUUAAUACCGAGUUGAACAAAUGUAAAAACGAUAUGGAAAGAAUGUGCAAUGCUGAAGCGUCUGGCGAAUUGUGUGUAUCAAACUUACUUAAAAUUAUUUUGGACAAAACUACUGUGCUUGACGACACCAUUGUAUCAGAAAUGCAUCGUUUAAAAACUAUGGUCGAGGACGCGUGUGCGAGUAAAAAAUGGAUGAAUUUUGCUAUGGAGCAAUUGAAAGAAGAACACCGCUUGAAAAUGGACGAAAAAGAUAAAUUCCAUGACGAGCUGAAUAAGAAAUUAUUGGUCGAAAUUUCCCAAUUAAAAGAGUACGUAAGUAAAGUUGAAGAGGAUGCCAUGUGUAAACAGUUUAGUAACGAACGUUACGAAGACGAAUAUAGCAGUACUUGA